ACUAUGCUUGUAAGCCAUAUUCUCAUAUUGAAAUAUUAAUUUUCUUAGGUAAAUGGGAUACUUCUGUUGCAAAUGGAACAGAUAUAAUUCGUUAUUUUUUACUUACCUUCGACCUCAUGUUAAAUUUUCAUCGAACUCAAGAGAAUUGUAUGGUUAUAAUUGUGGAUGCUGGUGGAAUGACACUAUCGCAUUUUCUGCAGUUGUCACCAAGUUUAAUCAAUUCAAUUGUGAACAUUUUCGUGAAAGAUACUUAUCCGCUUCGAUACAAGGAAAUACAUUAUGUCAACGUGAAUAUUAUAAUAAAAGCAAUUUUAACUAUGGCAUUUCCACUUUUAACAACUAAACUCAAGGAAAGAAAAAACUUGGAUUUGGAAACUUGGUUAUGGUAGAGUAUAUCUAUUUAUCCUGUGUUUAUCCCAAAUCGACAUGUUCGAUUAUAAUUAAAUUAAAA